CAUUCACGUAAUUUCCCCUCAUACCAAACUUUCCACCUUUACCAGUGUAUGUUAUUAUCUGGCACCACCAUUUCUGACUUUCUGUUGGCGUGUUAAAUUCUAUCCUGAUCCAAACUUUGCUGACUCCGAUCUGCAUAUCUGCUCCCUUAGGUCAAUAUUGUGUGAUCUUCGUUAAUAGUUUGUGUUCUUUUGGUAUAGACGUAAAGUCUCAAAAUGGAGAAAGAAGUCUCUCACCAGCCCUUUGUUGCACUAAUAGUUGGGGUCACCGGCAUGGCGGGCUUGAGCUUGGCUGAAGCCUUGAAGACCCCAAAAGCCCUUGGUGCUCCCUGGAAAGUUUACGGUUCAGCUCUACGUCCAAAGCCAAGCUGGUUCCCCCCCUCACUCCUGGACGGAUACAUCGCCUUCGAUGCUACAGAUGCUGAUGACACCAACAAUAAGCUUGCUCCAAUAUUGAACGAAGUCAGCCAUGUUUUCUGGGUGGCAAUCCAAGUUCGUGAAAAUGAAGAAGCGAAUGUUACUGUUAAUGCAACUAUGUUAGCCAAUGUGCUCAAUGUUUUGAAGUCAGGCCCAUCUUCAAGGCUCAGCCACAUCACUCUCCAAACAGGUACCCAACAUUACAUGGGUCCGAUCCAUAAUCCACGUAACAAGGCCCAUCUCAAACCCCAUGAACCACCUUUUCUCGAGGAUAUGCCCCGAUUGCCAUACCCGAACUUUUACUACGCGUUAGAGGAUCUCGUGGCUUCGUACGCGCCGUCACUAACAUACUCUGUGCAUCGUUCAUCAAUCAUAAUAGGCGCGUCAUCGAGAAGUGUGUACAACGCGCUACUUACAUUGGCGGCAUAUGCAUCCAUUUGUCGAUACGAGGGUUUACCGUUCCGAUACCCGGGUAACCAAUACACGUGGGAGCAUUUUUGUGACAUGACCGAUGCACGUGUGCUUGCGGAGCAGCAUAUAUGGGCAGCGGUGACUGGCCAUGCCAAGAACGAAGCCUUCAAUUGCACCAACGGUGAUGUAUUUACAUGGAAGAGCUUAUGGAAACUGUUGUGCGACAUAUUUGAUGUUGAAUUCGUCCCGUUUGAUGCGUCUGAAAACUUUGAUUUCGUGGGAAUGAUGGAAGAGAAAGGAAAAGCAUGGGAUAAAAUUGUGGAAAAUCAUGGAUUAUACAAGACCAAAUUGGAGGAGAUUACUUGUCCUGCUGCUCUUAACAAUGUGUUACGCUUUGGGUUUCAACAUGUUUGUAGCAUGAAUAAGAGUAGAGAAUUUGGGUUCUUUGGGUAUGCGAAUACACUGAAAAGUAUUCCCAUGUGGGUUGAAAGAUUGAGAGACAUGAAGAUCAUACCUUAAUUUGCUUGUAUUUGAUGUCAACGUUAUUGUAGUGAUCAAAAUUUAGUUUCUAUCUUCUUGUUAUCUUUGAAUUAGGUUUUGAUUAAAUUUAACUAUU